AUGACAAAGUGCGGUACAGGUUCGACGGUUAUCGCUACACAGAAGGUCUCCGCUGCUCUAACCAAGGCAAUGAACCCAUCACGUUUCGAUAACUCUGUUGUUGGUACACCGGUGAUUUCAUGCGAACGUGAUCGUAUCCACGUAGAAAUCGCGACGGCUCGUCCAUUUGCCGGGAAAAUCUUUGUCAAAGGUGAAUAUUCGAAUAGCAACUGCGUUCGGUCCUAUAUAAAUGGUGUCCCAGCGGCUCGAGAAGGCCGACAGAACCAACAAGUAAACGGCAGUCCAUUAAAAUCGGGAGACAAAACCUUCGAAUCAAGCGUUGAGAAUGCGGAAAGUAAAGAUACCGAGACCCACUUAGAUAGCUCGGUAUGGGAAACAAACGACGAAGGUAAAGUGCAAGACACCCCACAUGUGUUCGCCCCCGAACAGGCCAGACGGUUCACCAACGUCGGCGGAACUCUUGAAAGCAACAAAAUGGAACUUGCUGAAGUCGACUUUGAGAACACGAAAAGCAGUGGCCAUUUGACAAAUUCGAAGUGGUCUAGACGUGGCGGUGUCAACCCCACCGUUAGUCGCCCUGGAAACCAGUAUAUCGAUGCUUUCAGUAGACCAUACAGCAAAACGUCAACAAAUUCGGAACAAUCCAUUUUACCUUCAGCCUUCCCGAAUCUAAAAAUUUAUUCUCCAAAACCAACAGUGGAUGAAGAGGACUUGCUGAGCCUACAUUAUCCAGGACCGCAGGGUUUUGUAGGUGGAAAUUGUCCGAUAAAAUGUGAGCCGUGUGCGUGUGCCUCAGAAAAGCAACCACUAGAAAGGACGAGGAGGAAUAUCAACAAUGUCGAGUUGACUGUACCGCUCGGAGCAUGUAAUGCGAAAAGGGACCGCAAGCUUUCUCCACCUUCUCUCGUUGUCUCAUUCGUCGCGGUGAUCUCGUUCCAUGAGUCGUUCAUCACCAAACUCGACCGGGCCUACCACAUUCAGUGUGCUUAUACUGAAUCAAACAAAAGCAUCAGCACACACCUGGACGUAGGAAUGGCGGCACCAACGGAUCUCAACACAACAGCAUCUCCACCUGUUUGUGGAUAUCAUAUCUCAAGCGCUGAGGGCAAGACAAUCCAAAAUGUUCGAGUGGGAGACAGAGUGAAGCACGAAUGGACGUGCAGAACGGCGGUCCCGGCUCUCUAUUCAAUGAUGGUUCAUUCGUGUUUCGUUGAGGAUGGCGCUGGCCAGCGUUACGAAGUGAUCGACGAAUUUGGGGAAGGAUCAAAAGAUGAUGUGCUCAACACUCCCGGAUUUUUCACAACACACUCUACAAUCCAUGCCAACCCUGAAGGGUUGCCACAUCCUAACGUCUCGCAAAGCAGUAACAAACCUCCCGACUGUUCCUUAAAGGAAGUGCCACAGAGAAGACGCCGCGAUGUGACUACGGCCGGGGAGUCCAUGACGUUACACGCGAAUUCGCUGACUGUUCUCGACGCAGAUGUUGCUGAAGAAAUCCCUCAGCUGCUGGGCUCCGAGACAACGUUGCCUUACGAGUUUUGUUUCUCUGUGGCAGGAUUCGCAAUUCUCAUUUCUGCAUCGACGUUCCUCACAACUGCAGCAUUGGGUGUCGCGGGAGCAAACCUUUACAUGAGAUCUCAAUCGAAGUGGGGCCUCAAAGAGAAAAGGCUCAAAAGCAGCACACCGCGAAUCUGUGGUAAGGAGCCGCGAGCAAAGGUGCUUUACAAAAGUUUUGCUGCCACUUUAUCUUCGGCUACCUUCACCACAUUCGCACACAUACGUCCUGUAGAUGUUUCUACCGAGAUGUCCUUCACUGUUUUGCGCGAUCAAAUUGAACAAUCUGACAAUAUCUUCUUAAAGAUGCCACAUAUAUUCAAACCACUGCAGACGUUAAAUGCUAUAAUUCUUGCAAUUUGCGUUGGGUCCACAUCUGGCACUGAGAACGGUGUUUUGUGGUUUAUAAUUAUCACCUCGCUGCUGAUCUCCGCUUCUGCUACUGUAAUCUUCGCACUUGGCUUGCAAGACUCGAUAAUGGAUAGUUUAACAAACGGAUCUAUUGCUUGGAACCUUGUGGAGCUCAUUUAUUCCUUCGUUUUUGCCGUGCUGAGUGUUGUUUCUGUGUGGCUUUCCUUCGGUUUUGCAAAUGGUCAUCUUGGCGGCACGUCGGCUGGUUACAUAGCGACAGGACUGUUUUCAAUAAUACAUGCUGGUCUUUACUCCGUUCCAUGUGGGAUUAUAUACGAUUCCAUGCAAACCAAUGGUGUACGUCAAGAUACAGGUUUCGACGUCCUACCUGCCCAUCCAUUUCAUAACGCUCCAUAUCAGGAUCUUUGA